AAUCAGAACAAGUUGAAGAAGAAGAAUUUGACGAUAGAAAUCGAACAUAAAAGAAAAGAGAGCAAGUUUCAAAAUUAACAAAUCAAUCUUCGUCGAUUAGUCAUGCAGGUAAUGGAAUUGCAUUCCACGAGUAUGGAGGCAUUGCAUAUAUCUCCGGCCGACGAUCCGCGAGGAAGUCCAGGUAAAGAGCAGCAAGCAGCCGGAGUCGGCAUACUCCUUCAGAUCAUGAUGCUUGUUCUCUCUUUCGUUCUCGGCCACGUUCUCCGUCGUCAUCGCUUCUAUUAUCUCCCUGAAGCCAGCGCUUCUCUUCUCAUAGGUUUACUCGUUGGUGCACUUGCUAACAUUUCUGAUACCGAAACUAAUAUUAGGACAUGGUUCAAUUUCCACGAGGAAUUCUUCUUCCUGUUUUUGUUGCCUCCGAUCAUAUUUCAGUCAGGCUUCAGCUUGGCACCUAAACCAUUCUUUUCUAACUUUGGAGCCAUUGUAACAUUUGCUAUACUGGGAACUUUUAUAUCUUCAAUGGUUACGGGUAUCCUAGUUUACCUUGGUGGCGUUAUGUACCUCAUGUACAGGCUUCCACUUGUUGAAUGUCUUAUGUUUGGUGCUCUUAUAUCAGCAACAGAUCCUGUCACUGUGUUGUCUAUAUUUCAGGAACUUGGCACAGAUACGAACCUGUAUGCCUUGGUUUUUGGAGAAUCUGUUUUAAAUGAUGCAAUGGCAAUAUCCUUGUACAGGACAAUGUCUCUAGUGAGAAGUCAUGCGCCAUCUGGGGAAAAUUUCUUUCUGGUGGUCGUCAGGUUUCUUGAGACCUUUGUUGGCUCAAUGUCUGCAGGUGUUGGAGUUGGAUUUACUUCUGCUUUGCUUUUCAAGUAUGCUGGUCUGGAUAUUGAUAACCUGCAGAACUUGGAGUGCUGUCUCGUUGUUCUUUUUCCCUAUUUCUCGUACAUGCUUGCAGAAGGCCUUGGGCUCUCUGGUAUUGUAUCAAUAUUGUUCACUGGAAUUGUCAUGAAGCGUUAUACAUACUCAAAUUUGUCAGAAAAUUCUCAGCGAUUUGUAUCGGCAUUUUUCCACUUGAUAUCAUCAUUGGCCGAGACAUUUGUAUUUAUUUACAUGGGCUUCGAUAUUGCCAUGGAGCAGCAUAGUUGGUCUCAUGUUGGAUUCAUCUUUUUCUCAAUUUUAUUCAUUAUAGUUGCAAGGGCAGUAAAUGUUUUUUCUUGUGCAUAUUUGGUUAAUUUGGUUCGACCUGCGCACAGAAAAAUUCCUGUGAAACAUCAAAAAGCUCUUUGGUAUAGUGGACUUCGUGGUGCUAUGGCGUUUGCUCUUGCUUUGCAGUCAGUUCAUGAUCUCCCAGAAGGACAUGGCCAGACUAUAUUCACAGCCACCACUGCCAUAGUUGUUUUGACGGUAUUACUAAUUGGAGGUUCAACUGGUACCAUGUUGGAAGCUUUACAAGUUGUAGGUGAUGGCCAUGAUAUCCCUAUGGGUGAAAACUAUGAGGGUAAUAACGGUUAUGUUGCUCCUACUUUUGAUGAUGAUUCUUAUAACGAGGAAUCAUCAUCAGGGAACCGGUUCAAGAUGAAACUUAAAGAAUUCCACAAGAGCGCGGCAUCAUUCACAGCAUUAGAUAGGAAUUAUCUGACCCCUUUCUUUACAAGUCAAAAUGGAGAUGAAGAUGAAGAUGAUGAGCUAAUGCCCAUUUCCAGAAGCAGCGGCUUCCGUGGCUAAGUUAAAGAAGAAUUAUACUAGUAGGAAACAAGACGGGCUAACUGUGUAGAUAAACAUAGGGGAUGAUUGUGGUACAAUGCUACUUGCUAAUUGGUAAAAAGGUGGUUAAAAAGCUUGAAUUAGAGGUAUGCACACAUUACUGUGGAGGCCAAUUCCAUGCUCUACUAUAUUGGCAAAAUACAGUCACUUAGUCAGUCAUACAAGUUCCAUGUCCAAGUACUACCUCUCUCAGAUUAUUGUACAAGAUCUAGUAAAUAUACAAUAUUAUUUUUGCCUACUAUAUUUACCAACACGAUGUAACACAUAUAAAGAGGUUCCAUUGUCUGCAUUUUAUAUUUUUAUU